UACGACUUAAUAAAGCUCCAUCCCUUCACAGUGGAAUGGUGACACCGCUGAUCCCAUCAAGGUCAUCAACUUCCCACGGCAAAGCAACCCUGACAAUGACUCUCCUGACCGCUGCGAUUCUCUCCCUUGCUUACGGAGCCUCGGCCUUUUCUGGGGCCGACAUCAAGCUUUUGUUUGGACCGGGGCUGUCUCACGGUGCUCAGAUAUGGCUGCCAUCUGACGCCAACUACACGGAAGAAGUCAAGCAGCGAUGGGCGGUAUAUCAAGAGCCUUCAUAUCUCGGGGCUAUCAAGCCAGCAACUGAGAGAGAUGUCCAGACUAUCAUCCGUAUUGCAUCUGAGCAUCAGAUUCCCUUUAUUCCCACCGGAGGCGGCCACGGAACCUCGGGUACUCUUGGUGGACUUCACGGCGGCAUAGAGAUUGACCUGAGUUUCUUCAAUUCCGUCGAUCUCGACGCAGAGAGAAACCGUCUCACCAUCGGCGGCGCGGUUGUCUUUGGGCAAAUCAUUGACAAGCUAUACGAGGCCGGGAAAGAGCUUCCCACUGCUUCGGCCUCAUGCGUUGGGGUCUUGGGCGCCACACUGGGCGCAGGACUGAGCACCCUCCAGGGCCUCCACGGCCCCUUGGUUGACUCUCUGGAAUCUGUGCGGAUCGUCACGGCAUCGGGGGCGAUCUUGACGGCUUCGGAGAGUGAGAACGCUGAGCUGUUCUGGGCUCUUCGCGGGGCCGGCCACAACUUCGGCAUCGUCACAUCCGCAACCUACAGGGUCUACGACGCCACCAAUGGCGGCCAGGUGGUGAAUGCGGAUUUCCUGUUCCCGGCAAGCGCCAACCGGUCGGUGUGGGAGGUGCUUCGGUCCUACGAUACCACCCUUCCGCCCCAGCUUGCAGUCACCAUUGUUGUUGGUGCCAAUGGAACGAGUAGAGAGGCUUUGGUGGUAGUGAAUGCUGUUUUCUACGGGCCUAUGGAACAGGCCCUCCUCCAUCUCCAACCCAUCAUCGAUAUCGGCCCUGCUGUCCAGAACAUCUCCAUGGUUCCUUGGAACCGUGAGCUGGAUGCUGCCUUCUUCAAUGUCCAAAACGGUGCCUGCAUCCGGCAGAGUCGUGUCAACAUAUACAGCCUCGGGAUCAGGGAGACAGACGUGGCUACUUGGGAGUCUCACUUCAACGACCUAGCUGGAUUCUACGUCCGUUAUCCGGAAUACCAGGGACGUCUCCUGGUGCAGCGUUACUCAAAUCAGGCCGCUUUGGCAGUUCCGGACGACAGGACGGCAUAUGCAUAUCGCGACGCCACGAUACAAAUUAAUCUGGAAGGGUGGUACACCGACCCCAGCCUUGACGCCGCAGUGAAUCCCUUCCUGCAGUCCGCGCGGGACAAGUUCCAAGAGACAAGUGGCUAUGCGGAUCUCGCAGUCUACACGAAUUAUGCCCAUGGCGACGAGGGACCAGAGGCGUGGUACUCCCGGAGGAAGCUUGGCCGGCUGGUGCUGUUGAAAAAGCUGUGGGACCCUCUGCAGAUCUUCAGUUGGUACAACCCUAUCUAGGCUCAUUGAACUGUCAAUACACUUGUCAACAGAUUAUGCCCAGCAGCUCGGGCUACAUAGUAUUGAGUAGAGCAAGGAUGCAUCCUGGAAUAAUACGGUCAAAUAAUGAAAACAGGAUCAAGAAGAAAUUACUUCCCAC